AUGGCAUUCUUUGUCAAUCAUUUUCAUUUAUCCUUCUUCUUCCUCCUAAUUACUCGCUUAUCUUCAUUGCAAAUCCAUGCAAGAGACAGCCAAUUCUUCAACAAAAUCUCCACCAACAGCAAUUAUCAUAAUGGAAAAGAGACAAAAGUAGCAACUCCAAACAAAGACCAAGAGCCAAAUUUCAUACCUGAUGAGAAUGAAAAAGGCUAUGGUAUUUAUGAUCCAAACAUUAAUAGUCAUGAAAAAGAGUCGCGUCAACUUCCACAAGCUUCCACCAGUGCCAACACCAAUUUGGAACAAUCCUAUAAAUCUACCACCGCCAAUAACCUCAUUCCUAACAACAAGUACCUUCCAAAAAAUUACAACCCUGUGGCUUAUGUUACUGCCCCUCAGGACAACACUGAUGAUACCAACUUCAUAAAUAGUGAGUUCACCACCACCGAUAACAACCAAUACUAUAAUAAUGACAUUACUUAUGACAACAACGAUAACAUUAACAAUCAGUAUUAUAAUGGUGACAACAUUUACCACCACUACUACAGAGGUGACAGUACUUAUGACGACUAUGACAACAACAACAAUAAUCAGUACUAUAGCGGUAGCAGCAUCUAUAACGAUCAAUACAACAAUGGUGGCAGGGCCGCCUCCAAGGCCAUCAAUUCCAUUGAACCAUCCCUAAAUGGUGACAGUGGCGAUUACUACAACAACAACAACAAUAACAAUCAGCUGCAGGACUUGAGUGAAUCAAGGUUAAUGGACAAAGGCUACACCACCACCCCAACAACCACCAAUCCAACUAACACAAAAAAUUAUCCGUACAAGGACAUUGGAAAAAGUUACUACUACAACAAUCAAGAACAAAUUAACUAUUCCACUAACUAUAACCACUACAAUGGUGGCAAUGGUUACAGGGUGCAGCACCAGAGCAUGAGUUACACAUGGGAUCCAUAUGAAAAUUCAAGAGAAUUUGCAAACUCCUAUGCUAACAAUGAGUUAAGCAACUACAAUAACAAUUUUGUGAACUAUGAGAAUGAAGAUGAUCAGUUCCAAGAUGAAGAGCACAUGCCUUGA